CGCGCCGAUUCCCAGGGGGCUUAGCGCCGUUGGGCCGGCUCCAAGCCAGUACCCCUCCCUGUGCGCGCUCAGACUCCUGGGAAUUGUAGUACCCAUUCGGUCGGGGCUGGAACCAUGGCGGUGACUAAAGAGCUCUUACAAAUGGAUCUGUACGCGCUGCUUGGCGUUGAGGAGAAGGCGGCAGACAAAGAGGUGAAGAAGGCAUACAGACAAAAAGCACUUUCCUGCCACCCGGACAAAAAUCCAGACAACCCCAGAGCAGCUGAACUCUUCCACCAGCUUUCCCAGGCCUUGGAGGUGCUGACAGAUGCUGCGGCCAGGGCUGCGUAUGACAAGGUGAGGAAAGCCAAGAAGCAGGCAGCAGAGAGGACCCAGAGGCUCGAUGAGAAAAGGAAGAAGGUGAAGCUGGACCUGGAGGCCCGGGAGCGGCAGGCCCAGGCCCAGGGGAGUGAGGAAGAGGAGGAGAGCCGGAGCACCACAGCACUAGAGCAGGAGAUUGCACGCCUUCGAGAAGAGGGUUCCCGUCAGUUGGAGGAGCAGCAAAGGCUGAUCCAGGAGCAGAUCCGCCAGGACCGAGAGCAGAGGCUGCGAGGAAGAACAGAAAAUAUUGAAGGCAAAGGAACCCCCAAACUAAAGCUAAAGUGGAAGUGCGGGAAGGAGGGUGAGUCCCAAGGUGGCUACUCCAGAGACGUCCUGCUGAGGCUUUUGCAAAAGUAUGGAGAGGUUCUCAACCUGGUACUUUCCAGAAAGAAGGCAGGCAACGCCAUAGUGGAGUUUGCAACUGUCAGGGCCGCGGAGCUGGCUGUUAGAAAUGAAGUGGGCCUGGUGGACAACCCUCUGAAGAUUUCCUGGUUGGAGGGACAGCCCCAGGGCACAGUGGACUUGAGUGACACAGGAUUAUCAAAGAGGCCAUUGCUGGACCUGGAGUCUGCCAAUCUGACUAGUCUAGCCAGCCAGCCUGCCCUGGGACCCGUGGUGUCCGCAUCCUGAACGCUGGAGUUGCAGGUGGGCUGGCACCCCUGCCCAGCUCUUCUCUGUGGGUACUGGAGGUCUGAACGCGGGCCUUCCUGCUUGCGUAGCACACACUACCCACUGAGCCGUUUCUCUAGCCUCUGGAACUGAACUCUCAAUUUGCUCGUACUUCAAUUAAAUCAACAAUCCCAUGAAGUAAGUGGUAACUGUCUGGCCUCCCCACUCCCUCUUAAUCUCAGUUAGAUUACUUCUUCCUAGAUGUUUCCUGUGAUUUCUCUGUUGGUGGUGGCUUUUAGAGCAGGUGCAGGGCACUGUCUGUCCUGCCCAGUCCGAGUCCUGCUCCCUGACUCGCCCCAUGCCACCCUGUCUCUCCACUGACCUCUGGCUGGUUCCUGUGCUUGCAGGUGUGGUUUCCUUUUCCAGACCUUUCCAGCUUCCUUCAGGGCUCCUGCCAGAAAGUGACCCCAUAGAUUCCCAGCUGGCGUCGGUCCCUUCACUCUGGGUGCCUUGGAGGACUGGUCAGCAGCCAGAGGACAGGCUGAACUGUGGCUUAUGUCUCCACCUGCUCUUUAAUCCACACUGUUCCUUCCUUCCCUAAGUCCCCAGG